CCCUCUUCAUUGCAUAAACAACAACAACAAUAACAACAACAACUAAUAGUACUACUAGUUUCUUCUUUUCUUGUUUGUAUUUUUGGGAGAGUUCAUUAAUUAAUGGCUAUCUCUUCUUCUUCCAAACUCCUUGUUCUCCACUUCUUAUUUGCUCUUUAUUUAUGCCAAUCUCCUGCAAGAGCUGACACUACUGCUUUUAUUCAUUCAAGGGCUGCCUACUACCCAAAUUCUGAUCAACAAGGAACUUCAGAUGGUGCAUGUGGGUAUAAAACUUUUGGAGCAACACUCAAUGGUGGUGAUGUUUCAGCAGCUUCAAAUCUCUACAGGAAUGGUGUGGGCUGUGGUGCAUGCUACCAGGUUAGAUGCACAGGUAACAGCCUCUGCUCACCGAACGGAGUAACGAUCGUCAUAACGGACCAGGGAGCGAGUGGAAACACCGACUUCAUACUGAGCCAGCAUGCUUUUUCUAAGAUGGGAUUAACUGCGGAUGCUGGUGCUUCUCUCUUGUCACUUGGAGUAGUAGACAUUGAGUACAGGAGGAUAUCAUGUAGUUGGCCAAACAAAAAUAUCACAUUCAAGAUUGAUGAGGCAAGCAACUUCCCAGGCUACUUGGCAUUUCUGAUAGAGUAUCAACAAGGAGCUAAGGACAUUACUGCUGUUCAAAUCUGUGAGACUGUGAAUUUGACAUGCAAGCUGUUGAACCGAAGCUAUGGAACAGUGUGGACAGCGAACCCUCCUCCCAGUGGACCAUUGUUGAUAAAGAUGCUUGUGAGUGGUGAUGAGGAUGGGGAUGAGACAUGGCUGGUGCCAAUUAACACAAUACCAGAGAACUGGAAGGCUGGAGAUUCAUAUGACUCUGGAGUGCAAUUGAACUAAUGGAUCUCAAAUAAUUAUAUAUUAAUUUGUGGUUAUAUGUGUUUAAUUCUUAUUCAUGUUUGUAGUAUUCAUAUAGUGUUCUUUUGUUGUUGGCCAUUGAGUUGAUGUCUGGUAUUUCUUUAAGUUAUUAAUUCAAAGAAUAAAAUUCAGU